UGGGAGCUAGCUAGCACAGGCAGGCAGGAGGGCAGGCCGGCGGAGGAGGCCUCGAGGGUGUGCGGGCCGGCCCGGGAAGGCAGCCGCCAUGGAGCUGUGGCGCCAGUGUACCCACUGGCUGAUCCAGUGCCGCGUGCUGCCUCCCAGCCACCGCGUGACCUGGGAUGGGGCCCAGGUGUGCGAGCUGGCACAGGCCCUUCGGGAUGGGGUCCUCCUGUGCCAGCUGCUCAACAACUUGAUGCCCCACGCCAUCAACUUGCGUGAGGUCAACCUGCGCCCCCAGAUGUCCCAGUUCCUGUGCCUUAAGAAUAUCCGCACCUUCUUGUCGACCUGCUGUGAAAAGUUUGGCCUCAAGCGGAGUGAACUCUUUGAGGCCUUUGACCUCUUCGAUGUGCAGGAUUUCGGGAAGGUCAUCUACACCCUGUCCGCUCUGUCCUGGACUCCGAUUGCGCAGAACAAGGGGAUCAUGCCCUUCCCCACUGAGGAGGAGAGUAUGGGUGAUGAAGACAUCUACAAUGGCCUGUCCGACCAGAUUGACGACACAGUGGAGGAAGAUGAGGACCUGUACGACUGCGUGGAGAACGAGGAGGCCGAGGGCGACGAAAUCUACGAGGACCUCAUGCGCUCGGAGCCGGUGCCUAUGCCGCCCAAGAUGACGGAGUAUGACAAGCGGUGCUGCUGCCUGCGGGAGAUCCAGCAGACGGAGGAGAAGUACACGGACACGCUGGGCUCCAUCCAACAGCACUUCAUGAAGCCCCUGCAACGGUUCCUUAAACCUCAAGACAUCGAGAUCAUCUUCAUCAACAUCGAGGACUUGCUUCGCGUGCACACCCACUUCCUAAGGGACAUGAAGGAAGCCCUGGCUACCCUCAACGCGCCCACCCUCUACCAAGUCUUCAUCAAAUACAAGGAGAGGUUCCUCAUCUACGGCCGCUACUGCAGCCAGGUGGAGUCGGCCAGCAAACACCUGGACCGCGUGGCCACAGCCCGGGAGGAUGUGCAGAUGAAGCUGGAGGAGUGUUCUCAGCGGGCGAACAAUGGGAGGUUCACCUUGCGGGACCUGCUGAUGGUGCCCAUGCAACGGGUGCUGAAGUACCACCUCCUCCUCCAGGAGCUGGUAAAACACACACAGGACACGGUGGACAAGGAGAACCUGCGGCUGGCCCUGGAUGCCAUGAGGGACCUGGCGCAGUGCGUGAACGAGGUCAAGCGAGACAACGAGACGCUGCGGCAGAUCACCAACUUCCAGCUGUCCAUCGAGAACCUGGACCAGUCUCUAGCCCACUACGGCCGGCCCAAGAUCGACGGGGAGCUCAAGAUCACGUCGGUGGAGCGGCGCUCCAAGAUGGACAGGUAUGCCUUCCUGCUCGACAAAGCUCUGCUCAUCUGCAAGCGCCGAGGGGACUCCUACGACCUCAAGGACUUUGUGAACCUGCACAGCUUCCAAGUUCGAGACGACUCCUCCGGAGACCGGGACAACAAGAAGUGGACUCACAUGUUUCUCCUGAUCGAGGACCAAGGUGCUCAGGGCUAUGAGCUGUUCUUCAAGACACGGGAACUGAAAAAAAAGUGGAUGGAGCAGUUCGAGAUGGCCCUCUCCAACAUCUACCCUGAGAACGCCACUGCCAACGGGCAUGACUUCCAGAUGUAUUCCUUUGAGGAGACCACAUCCUGCAAAGCUUGCCAGAUGCUGCUGAGAGGCACCUUCUAUCAGGGCUACCGCUGUCAUCGGUGCCGGGCACCUGCACACAAGGAGUGUCUGGGGAGGGUCCCUCCAUGCGGCCGACAUGGCCAAGAUUCUUCAGGAACUAUGAAGAAGGACAAGCUGCAUCGCCGAGCUCAGGACAAAAAGAGGAAUGAGCUGGGCCUGCCCAAGAUGGAGGUGUGUCAGGAGUACUAUGGGCUUCCUCCACCCCCUGGAGCCUUUGGAUCUUUUCUACGGCUCAACCCUGGAGACAUCGUGGAGCUCACCAAGGCUGAGGCUGAACACAACUGGUGGGAGGGCAGGAAUACAGCUACGAAUGAAGUUGGCUGGUUUCCAUGUAACAGAGUCAAGCCCUAUGUGCAUGGUCCCCCUCAAGACCUGUCUGUUCAUCUCUGGUACGCUGGCCCCAUGGAGCGUGCGGGGGCAGAGAGCAUCCUCACCAACCGCUCGGAUGGGACGUUCUUGGUGCGGCAGAGGGUGAAGGACGCAGCAGAGUUUGCCAUCAGCAUUAAGUAUAAUGUUGAGGUCAAGCAUAUUAAAAUUAUGACAGCAGAAGGACUGUACCGGAUUACAGAGAAGAAGGCUUUCCGGGGGCUUACGGAGCUGGUGGAGUUUUACCAGCAGAAUUCCCUAAAGGAUUGUUUCAAGUCGCUGGACACCACCCUGCAGUUCCCCUUCAAGGAGCCGGAGAGGCGAGCCAUUAGCAAACCACCAGCAGGAAGCACCAAGUAUUUUGGCACCGCCAAAGCCCGCUAUGACUUCUGUGCCCGGGACCGAUCGGAGCUGUCCCUCAAGGAGGGUGACAUCAUCAAAAUCCUUAAUAAGAAGGGGCAACAAGGCUGGUGGCGAGGGGAGAUCUAUGGCCGGGUUGGCUGGUUCCCCUCCAACUAUGUGGAAGAAGAUUAUUCUGAAUACUGCUGAGGUUUGGCACACUGGCGGAGAGAUGAACAACUCCAGCCUCUGAGCCCAGGAUGAGCAGGCAGCUGGACCAGGGACUGUGACAGGUCCUGGCGGGCUGAGAAUCUGGGAUGGACUGCGGAGGGCCAGCGUCCAGCUGGCAGGGCUCCUGGACUGAUGCCCUGUCAUGGUUAAUUUAUAACACACUGAUUUCCUCUUGGGUCCCCUCGAGAAGGCGGGGCUCAAGGCAACUGCUUUUAAUAAAAUGAUGAAUGGA